AUGGAGUCAACGGAUGAUCAAAGGCGAUUCGGAUCGUGUGUGGAUAAUGAGAAGAGUAUAAGCAUGCUUCUCCUCGUCUUCUUCUUCCUUCACAUCCUUCUCUUUGAGCCCAGGAGGUUGAUGACGGGGUGCUGGUUCAUUAUAUACGAUAAUUUGAUCCAGGGGGUGCUGGGUGCCAUGGCUUUACAAGCAACACUGAAAAGGUGCUCAUCUUGGUCGCAAUAUUGGUGUCAAGCUGCCAGAUGUUGGGUUGGGUCCUGGGGCGUGUUUGCAGCAAAGCAAGACAUACUAGCAGGGGAGUGUGACAUAAGUUGA